CGGCAAGCGAGCUAUGCAAAAGCUCUGGCGCAUUAAUAGAUUAAAAUCAGCGAAGAAAAAUCGACCAUAUCUUUCAUAGUUUGGUAUACAUAAAUUGUUUAUUUCAAAUUCAUUUCGUAGAGAGCGGUCAGUUGUAGCGGUUACUUUUCUAGUGAAGCGAAACGAAAUAAAUAUGUAUACAAUUGACGAGUAGCAUCGACAAGUGAUUAAAUCAAUAUAUGUAUAAAAACUUAGUUACACAUAAAUAAGCAUUUUCACAUGAAACAUGCAAUCUAAACGAUAUACAUUUCCAUAUAAAUCCAACGCUGUGGUAGCGAUUUUUUAUGUUUCGCUUUUUACUGGAUUGGUUUGCAUAUUAGCGGAUGACCUGCCAGCUAACCUUGUUUCAUGGCAUAUGUUGGACACUACGAAUAUAUUACAAAAUGCGACUCGUAACAUUGUUGUCUCGCCAAAAAUUAUAAAAACACUUCUUGACAUUCCCUCACCAAUAGAUUUACGUUUUGCGGACGGUAAGGGAAUGCCAGGACAAGGUUUAAUUUUCACUAAAUUCAAAAGUACGCUGAAAAGGCCACAACAUUUUGAGCUUUUUUAUAAUGCCAAAAUCCACGAAGUUGGUUUAAAUGAUAAAAAUGAGGUACUUAAAGCGAUAAAUGACUGGGGCUCCCGAAGUACGAAUAAUAGCUUUCCUAAACUUUUUGAAUCAAUGCCGGAUGAAAUAAGCAAAUUGCGUGUAUUAAUUUUAAAUAUAAUCCAUUUUAACGAGACUUUACAAGUGAAUUUCAAAUAUAGUGUGAAUGAUGCAUUUUAUGUUACACCAAAUAAUACAAUAAAAGUACCAUCAGUUGAAACUACAGAUUACUUCGACUACCAUGAUUCGCAAGUCUUGGAUGCCAAAGUACUACGGCUACCUUAUAGCAAUAACAUAUCCAUGUAUAUGCUGUUACCACACACCAAGCAAGGAGUUAACGAGUUGCUCAAUAAUCUCGGAUAUGAGCAGCUUAAACGUGUGCAGUGGAUGAUGGAAGAGGCGCGGGUUAAUGUAUUGCUACCUAAAUUCAAAUGUCACUUCGAGACGGAUCUUAGAAAUCAUAUUCAAAACCGAUCGAUCCAGUAUGAGUUUAAACUGCGCGAUUUAGAGCGCGCUUUUGGUAUAUUACCUACUGAUGUAAAUAUAUUCCAAAUAACUACCAUAAAUUUUGAUGGAAGUGGUAGAACGACGAUAAACUCGAAGGCAAGACGAGCUAAAUUUGAAAAAUUUCACGUGGAUCGACCAUUUGUAGUUUACAUUGAAGAAGCUAAUUCCGGUGACAUUAUAUACCUAGGCAAAAUCUUGAACCCUGUUGAAUGAGGAGGGUUCUACGCAAGUUGUGUGUGUAUACGUAUGCAAUUAAUAAAAUACAUAUUUAAUGUCAUAAA